AUGGGUUUAUUACAUUUAAUUCCUAAUAUCGAUGCUUGGUUUUAUAAAUUAAAUAAAGAAUAUGGUCGUAAUGGUUUAUUUGAAGUAACUUUUGUUGGAAAAAGACAAAUUGUAAUUACUCACGCUGAAUAUAUCGAAAACCUUUUAAGACAUGUAAUAAGAAGUGCUAAUUAUGGUCUUUUAGAUUUACUUGAUCUUGAUACAAAAAAUUUAGCUUUUAAUCAUUAUUACAAUCCUAAUAAAAUUGAAAAUGGUUUAUUUGAAGAAAUGUCAAAUUAUUGGAUCGAUUUAAAGCAAAAAAGUGAAGAUGUAAUAAUUAUUGAUAUCGCUGCUUGGACACUAAUUACAAAAGAGAUGAUUGAAUCCGAUGAAUUUAUUGAAUAUAUAAAUGUUUUUUUCUCUGAAAAUCAAUUCGCAUAUGCUCCGAAAUUUAUAACAGGUUUACCUUUUAUUAAAAAUCGAGUGAAGAGAUUGUUGGAUAGCAAUCAUUCCUUAUAUAAAAGAUUAGAAGAAACUGUUAGAAGAAAAGGAAAAGAAAUCGAAAAAAGUAUUAAUAAUAAUGAUUAUGAAUUUAAAUCAAAACAACUUGAUCUAUUACCUUCUUUAAUUAUUACUAUGGAUACUUUUUGUUUUGUAUUAUAUUACAUUUCACAUAAUCCAAAUGUUAAAAAGAAAUUGUUGGAGGAGAUCAAAUCAGUUUUCAAACAGACAAGUAACA